AUGCUCGGUUUGAAUGUUUCUGCGUUCGAUCGAGCGCGUUGCGUCUUCCUUUAUCUCGUUUGCGUCGAGCGCGAGUGGCUUUUGCGCGCGCGUUGGUCGAUUCUCAUUUUACGCUUGAGGGCUUUUGUGGGUGGGAGGGGCGAUUGGAGGAAGCAUCUGAGCUCGAACGGCGCUUUUGUCUCUCUUUGCACUUUCUCCAAGCCGAGACGUCCUUUCGAAAAAGUCCGUCUCGACGCCGAGUUGAAGACUGUCGGUGAAUACGGCCUCCGUAACAAGAGAGAGUUAUGGAGAGUCCAGUUUGCGUUGAACAAAUUGCGCAACGCUGCGAGAGUUUUGCUCACCUUGGACGAAGACGAUCCUAAGAGAAUCUUCGAAGGUAACGCUAUUUUGAAGAGAAUGCGAACGUACGGUUUGUUAGAAGCGGAUAAGGAAUCUUUGGAUUACGUGUUGGCGUUGAACGCGGAGGAGUUCUUGGAGAGAAGAUUGCAAACUUUGGUAUUUAAGCUCGGUUUGGCCAAGUCGGUGCACCACGCCCGUAUCUUGAUCAAACAAAGACACAUCAGAGUUGGUAAGCAAAUCGUCAACGUGCCGUCGUUUUUGGUUCGCGUCGAGACACAAAAGCACAUCGACUUUGCGUUGAACUCACCGUUGGGUGGUGGCAGACCGGGCCGCGUGAAGAGACGACGCAUGGCGCAAAAAGCGGCUGCCGCGGGUGGCGGUGACGACGAAGAGGAGGAAGAGGAAUAA